AGAUAGAUAGAUAGAUAGAUAGAUAGAUUAGAUAGAUAGAUAGAUAGAUAGAUAGAUAGAUGUUUAAUUAGGUGUAUUAAAUAAUUAUGUCAGUGGAAAGUCCUCACAUCUAUAGUAAGUAAGCGUGUGUGGGAGAGAGACAGAGAGAGAUUGAUUACCAGUAACAGACAGUUGCAGUUCCUUCUCGCGUACAGUGACUCAUUAGUUACGGUUUUGCUUUGUCAAAGUAGGAAACGGCCCAAAAAUUACGCUGUGAAGUACCUGAUCAUGGCAAUGUCCCAAAUCAACCUCAAGGAGGACAAAUGUAAAGAAAGCAAAGCCCGCUUUGACUAAAGCCUCUUUGUAUUUCUACGAACGCACUGUACACAGGUUGAAAGGUUUACAGUGAAGCUCCAGGUUGAGCACUGGCUGAAGAUCGGGGGAAAUGGGCGGUGUUCCUCUUUGACGUGUACUGUAGCUCGGUUCAUAGACAGGUACCAGAUACACUUAGUGCCACACGAGAUAUUACUGCAACUUCAUGGAGAACAAGAACAAGCGGUAGACCUCCAUCAGUGAACAGAGUGUGUGUGUGUGGAGUCUACUGUAUGUGAGGUCUGGCCAGGAUGGAAGAAGAGAUGAGUGGAGCAGCAGCUGAACCGGCUGCUGCACCAUCAACUGAAGCUCCAGAGGCACCGCGCCGAGGCCGAGGUAGACCACGCAAACCACAACAGGAGCCCGUUGAUCCGCCUGCUCCCAAAAGGCCAAGGGGAAGACCCAAAGGGAGUAAGAACAAGGCCAGUCGUAGUACACCCAAAGAGCCACCAAAGGAAAAGAGACCUCGAGGCCGUCCAAGAAAAUGGCCUCAAAAAGAAGUGCAGCAAGAAGAGCAAGAGCAUGAGGAGGAAGAGGACCAGCCACUCCUGCCAUCACCACACAAGAAGAACAUCUAGUCUUUGAGCUGCCAGUUUGUGCAAUAGGCUGCAUUUAGACAGUUAUAUCCAGCAUUCUCACAUAGGUGUGCUAUCAGUCACUAUGCAAAAAAUACCUGGGGCCUGAUCUUGGCAAUUCCCAAAGCACUAAUAUCAGAAAAACAGAACAUUCCCCUUAAUAAUUAGAUGCCAAAAAACACUUAGUAACCACUUAAAACAACUCUGAAUUGCGCACUGUGGAUUCUACAGAGUGUCCCAAAAGUCUCCAUACGUAUGGGACUAUGUUUGCCAGCACCACGUCGGUUGUGACUUCAUCAGUGGAUGUUCGUGGAUGUCGACUUCUCGGUUUGUCCGCAACACUCCAACCUUUCUGAAUUUGUUCAUAAGUUUGGCAACAGUGUGGUGUGUGUGACGUUUGUCACGUUUCCUGUUAAAGUCCAUCACAACCUUGCGACAGCUUCCCGAUCCAGCCAUGAGAAUGAUUUCAGUACGUUCUUCUGCUCUCAAAGCAUUCUUAAAGACUAUAUGAAAAAUAAAUAAAUAUAUAUAUAUAUAUAUA